AUGGAAUAUAGCCCACUUUUUGAGCCAUUUAUUGAGCUUUUCAUCAAGGGGAUAUGUCAUCCGAUAAAGCAGCAGAUCGGAUAUUGCAUUAGGCCUAGAGCCCAUAUCACUGCUCUAACCAGUGCCAUGGAUGAGCUGCGAUGCACGAGGGAUAGCAUCAAUGAGACAAUUGAAGCUGCUGAAAGAAAGCGGCAGAUCUGCACCGAGGAAGCGAAACAGUGGCUAAUGAUGGUUCAAACUGCUGAAGGUGAUGUGAACUCCCUUGACCACCAUGGCUGCUCGUGGAAUUGUUGGUCCACCUACAGACUCAGCAAGAGAGUUGCCAAGAAGCGAAAAAAAGUGAUGAAGCUACAGAAUAAGGUACCUUCAAGUAUUGUAGCUCCAAGCAAUGAUCCUGUCAAAGAGAUGCCAAUUGCACCCAUGGUGGUCGGGCAGGAGCCUUACAUGCAGAAGGCUCUUAGUUACCUCGGUGACGAUACAGCCGGCAUCAUCGGUAUCUAUGGCAUGGCAGGUGUGGGCAAGACCACCCUCCUGAAAAGGAUCAAUAACAUGAUAGGAAGAACCAUGUUCGACCAUGUGAUUUUCGUUGUUGUGAGUAGAACUCCAGAUUUGAUGAAGCUUCAGCAGCACAUAGCCAAGGAGGUAGGAUUGAUCCUGGAGGACGAUGAGAGCGAGAUGUCAAGAGGCACUGCUAUCUUCAAUUUCUUGAAAAGAAGGAAGUUCUUGUUGACGUUAGAUGAUCUCUGGGGAUUAUUAGAUCUAGUGAAGGUAGGAAUCCCACAGCCUCAAAAGUUCAGCAGUAGCGAGCACAAGCAAAAGGUUAUAUUUACAACACGUUCAUUGGAAGUCUGUGGCAAGAUGCAAGCAAGCAAGAUCAUGAAACUAGAAUGCUUGAAGUGGGAGGAAGCAUGGAGCCUGUUCAAACUGAAUGUUGGAGAAGAUACCUUGUCGAAUUCGAGAAUCCGAAGCCUUGCGGAGGUAGUUGCCAGGGAGUGUGAUGGUCUGCCACUGGCUCUUAUCACUGUUGGGCUCGCCAUGUCUACCAAAAAGAUGCCUGCAGAGUGGCAGCAUGCAGUAACACUGCUCAAGAGCUCGCGGUUGGCUGAAAUUUCAGGUACAGAGGAUCAUGACUUGUUCUCUCUUUUGCGCAUUAGUUAUGAUAGCCUAAGAGAUGAUAGAAUGAGAGAGUGCUUCUUGUCUUGCUCUUUGUGGUCUGAGGACAAUAAUGACAUAUUAAAAGAUAACACCAUUAAGGCUUGGUUGGGGAGUGGGUUAAUUGAUGAGUUUGAUGACAUCAAUGAAACUUACAGCAUGGGUCAUUCUAUCAUAGAAAACCUCAAGGCAGCAUGCUUGUUGGAGCCCGGUUAUGCUGCUGAUAGGUAUGUGAGAAUGCAUCAUAUAAUACGGGACAUGGCCUUAUGGAUAGCUUCAGAUCAUGGGAUGAAUAAGAACAAGUGGUUGGUUCAAGCAAACACUAGGCAGGCAAGAGUAGAUGAGUGGAACAAGUCAGAAAGGGUCUCACUUAUGAACACUCAAAUAGAAGUGCCGCCUGAUGCUUGUGAUUGUCCUAACCUCAUGUUCUUAAUGUUAAGGGAAAAUAAGCAUCUCAAAAGGAUCCCAACUGGCCUUUUCCCAUCCAUGCCAUUUCUCAAAUAUCUGGAUUUAUCCGGUACUAGCAUUCGAGAACUCCCAGCAGAGGUUGGCAUGCUAGUUAACCUGCAACAUCUUAAUAUUUCAUUCACCAACAUCACAUCAUUGCCCUCAGAGUUGGGACAGUUGGUGAAGUUGAAGUAUCUGGAACUGGAAAGCACUUGGAAACUUGUGGAGAUUCCUCGAGGAGUGAUAUCUAGCCUAGUGAUGCUGCGAGUGCUGAAUCUAUUUGACAGUUAUUUUGCAGACUGGAAUUGUCCAUCUGAAGAAGAGGGAGUAGCCUUUGAAGAAAUUGAAUGCUUAACAAGAUUGACAGCUAUUGGAAUCACAGUAAAAGAUAUCCCCUCUCUCCAAAGGCUCUCAAAUUUCCCCAACGUGUCUGUGCACUCCCUCAGCAUAAGAGAAUUGCAUGGCUUGACCUCCCUCCGUCUAUCACCUACCAUCCUUAGCAGAAACAAAACGAGGAGCCUUUGGAACCUUAUACUCAGAGGGAGCGAUUGGUUAGAGGAGCUGGUGAUGGGAAAUGGGGUGAUGAGCUCUCCAGAUUGGAGCCUUCCUCACUUGGAGAGUUUGUGGCUGGGAGAUCUCCCUAAGUUGGAGAAGAUCAUUUGGAGUGGGGUGAUGCCUCAUGCAUGCUUGCCUUCCCAACCUUCGGAUAUUGACAAUUGUUGGUUGUCUGUGCAUCAAGAACGUUUCAUGGAUUCUGCAACUUCCAUACCUCCAAGAACUACAUGUACAGAGUUGCAUAGGGAUGGAACAAGUAAUUGGUCAUGA